CACAGCUCCUCUGCAGAGCAAUCGAGAGGGUGUCGGUCUGUCUCUGUAUUGUUGAGAUUCAGUGUGUGCUGCUUCCAAUAACCAAGGUUCCUCCGCUGUCUUUCUAUCAGAUCCAUCUCCACCUCGCUCAUCCGCCUUCCCUCGGGAGGAGCUGGACAAGACAGGGGAAAUAUCAAGAGGAUAAUGACCUAAAGACCAUUGUCAUUUUGCAGAUUUUUGUUUUACUGAAGACUGUGGAAUAAAGCUAUUUCAGCUCAGGGUGUUUUUUUGGUGCUGGGGAGAUGAUGAUGAGGAAACACCGGUUGUUACCGCUGUGCGCUCUUCUGGGCGUCCUAUUUGUAGGACUGCUGCCCAACCUUGAUGCUCAAGAAGAUUGUGCACAAGGGCUGGCAGCCGAUAUAUACUUUCUAGUGGAUUCAUCCAGGAGUAUGGGACAAGAGAAUUUUGAGCACGUCAGACAGUUUCUGUACAGCGUGGUAAAAGCUCUACACGAGGGUGGAGAUGGCAGAUUUCAAAUCGCCCUCAUCCAAUACAGCGGCUCACCCAAAACCGAGUUCCAGCUGAAUACAUACCCAUCUCUGCUGGGUGGCCUAGCCCACAUCCAAGCCAUGUCCUACCUUGGUGGGGGCACACGAACAGGUCGUGGUUUGGACUUCAUCAUCCGGGCACACCUGAAUGCGGCAGCGGGCAGCCGUGCUGGUGAGGGCGUGCCCCAAGUGGUGGUGGUCCUGACGGACGGGCGAUCCCAGGAUGACGUAGCUGAGCCAGCCGAGGUGCUGCGGCUGGCUGGUGUGAAGGUGUUUGCAGUGGGGGUGCAGGACGCCGUGGACUGGGAGCUUAGGGAGAUGGCUAGCACACCACAGGAAGCACACAUGUUCAGCGUAGAAUCUUUCACGGGCCUACGGGACAUAACCCAAGACUUAGUGGUGGGCUUGUGUGGCGCAGUCACCCAAGCCAGGGACACCCCCAUGGCUUUCCAAGCUAACGAAGUGCCUCAAGAUGUGACAGCACAAGAGUCAGCUGACCUUGUACUCUUAAUUGACGGAUCUGAGAACGUUGGAGCGGCCAACUUCCCCCGCGUGCGUGAAUUGGCUUUGAGACUCAUUGAGGGCCUCGAUGUGGGCAGCGACACAAUUCGGGUAGCUGUGGCUCUGUACAGCGCAGACCCAGAUGUUCAGUUCUUUCUAAAUACCUAUGAGGACAAAGUCUCCGUCCUGGAUGCUGUGAAGUCCAUUCAGUUCCCAGGCGGUGAUGAGGCUAAACUUGGUGCCGCCUUGGAUGAAGUCGCCUCAAACCUCUUGAAUCAGGCAUCGGGUGGCAGGGCAGAGGAGGGGGUGCCCCAAGCUCUGGUGGUUAUCAGUGCCGGGCCGUCCAGUGAUGAUUUCAGUGUGGGUGACAGGGCCCUUAAGGCAGCAAACGUUAUUACGUUUGGUCUGGCGGUCGGUGAUGCAGCCCUUGCCGAGGUGGAGACUAUUGCUUCAGACAGGAGCUUUGUUCAGUCAGCCCCUGAUUUCAGGGCAGUGACGAGAAUGAGUGACGAGUUGCUACCAUACAUUAUCGGGGUGGCCCAACGCACCAUUGUAGUUCAGAAUGAAUUCACAGAAGCUUUGGAGGUGGGGAAAAGGGACAUCAUUUUUCUCAUUGACAGCACUAUGGGUGCUACACUGAUCAACUCUCUUCGUGAGUUUAUCAAAAGGUUUAUUGACACCAUGCCCAUUGGACCAGAGCAAGUGCAAGUGGGUGUGGCCCAGUUCAGCAACGUUCCCAGGCUUGAGAUUGACCUGAACUCAUAUGGAUCCAAGGAGGAGUUGGGUACAGCUUUAGGCAGAAUCAAGCCAAGACCGGGACAAGCAGUGAACAUUGGUGCUGCUCUGGAUUUUGUGAGGACCAACAUGCUGACGGCAGACAAGGGAAGUCGUAUUCAGAGGGGCGUGCCCCAGUUGGUGCUGCUGCUGACCAGUAAGAAAUCCAGUGAUGAUGUGAGGCUUGCAGCGGAAGCAUUGCAAGGCAUGGGGGUUUUGACCCUAGCUGCUGGUUCUAAGGCUGCUGAUGAGCAGGAGCUAAAGCAGAUAGCCUUUGAUGAGAGCUUGGUGUUCAUGCUGAAGGACUUUCGAAUUUUGCUUCGUAACCCCAGGGUGAUUGUGUCUCCCCUUUCCACACUAUCUGGGACUGUGGUUACCGAGGGACCCACAGAGCCAGAUGUUGUAACUACAACGGUGCAGACUCAGCGAAUAAUCAGAGACAUUGUAUUUUUGGUGGAUGGGUCUAGCUACAUUGGAAGUAACAACCUUCCAUACGUGCAGGCCUUCCUUACUAAUUUGGUAAACCGACUUGAUGUCCGGCCCGAUAGGGUGCGCAUCGGCCUCAUGCAGUUUGCAGAGAACACAAAGAUUGAGUUCUACCUGAACACAUACAACACAAAGCAGGAGGUGUUGGACAGCAUUGAUCAGCUCAGGCUAAUGGGAGGGUCUGAUUUGAACACUGGAGAAGCUAUGGAGUACGCUCUUAACAACAUGUUCCAGACCUCAGCUGGAUCACGCAAGAGGCAGGGUGUCCAACAGGUUCUUCUCCUGAUCACUGGGGGCCCAUCCCAGGAUGAGGUUAAAAGGAUAGCAGACAAAGUUGCCGUGGCAGGUGUACUCACCUUCACAGUCAGUGCAGGCCAGGCAGAUGCGGCCUACUUGAAGACGGUUGCUUUCGUUCCAAACUUAGCUUAUCAUGAAAGCAGUUUUGAUAGACUGCCAGAUAUUGUUGAGAGCAUUCUAAAUCCUUUGACUACUGUGGUCGGAGACACAGACAUCACAAUAACAGAACCUGAAACAACCAGGAGACCAGCAAUUGUUGGCAAUGAAAGGGAUGUUGCCUUCCUGAUUGAUGGCUCAGAUAAUGUCAGAGCAGAUUUCCCCUACAUCCGGGACUUUAUCACCAAAGUAAUUCAGCCUCUGGAUAUUGGCCAAGACAGAGUACGGAUUUCAGUUGUCCAACAUAGCGAGAGGCCGACCCCAAACUUUUAUCUGAACACAUAUCAGGAUAAGGCUGAAGUGUUGAGGGCUGUUAGUGGUCUAAGACUGGCCGGUGGACGGAGUUUAAACACAGGAGUGGCCUUGAAAUUCAUGAAGGACACCAUCCUGUCUCCAGCAAGAGGAAGCCGUGCGGCCCAAAAUGUCCCCCAGUUUUUGAUUGUUUUAACCGCUGGCAAGUCAAAAGACAACGUUAAGGAUCCUGCUGGUGCUUUAAAGACUGAUGGAGUGUUACCGUUUGGUGUCGGUGUCAAAUAUGCAGAUCCUAAGCAAAUCGAGGCCAUUUCUCACAACCCAUCCUUUGCUUUCAAUGUGAAGGAAUUCAGCGAGCUCGACACAGUCCAACAACAGCUUAACAGCUUUGUGAGCCUUCCAAGUGAUCAGCUGAAGAUAAUCAUAGACCAAGCCUCAGUUCAUGCUUAUGCUGUCUCAGUUCAAACUGGUGCUGUGAAAAGGGAUAUUGUAUUCUUGCUGGAUGGUUCUGAUGGCACAAGGAGUGGAUUCCCAGCAGUGCGGGACUUUGUUAAAAGUGUAGUGGAGAAACUCUCUGUGGAGGAAAACAGAGACAGAGUUUCUGUGGUUCAGUAUGCUGACAAACCAGAGGCCCAUUUCUAUCUGAACUCACACAAAACAAAGGAUGCAGUUAUUAACGCUGUAAGUACUAUGAGGCACAAGGGUGGAAGGAGUGCGAACACUGGGGCGGCUCUCCAGUUUGUGAGACAUCGUAUAUUUACAGCCUCCUCUGGCAGUAGACGACUGGAAAGUGUGCCCCAGAUCCUGAUUGUUUUGACUAGCCAGACAUCAAGAGAUGAUGUUAUGGGCCCCGCUAUAGCUCUCAAAGAUUUGGAAAUUGUGUCAAUGGUGGUAGGUGUUGGGGACACUAAUAUCCGUGAGUUGGAAAUGAUUUCCUUCCAACCUGGUCUCAUAUACCAGGUCACUAAUUUGUCCGAGCUGUCCUCAAUCCAGCCACAGCUUGUUGCUAUGCUUAAAAGCCUGUCAAAAGACACAGAAGAUUCUGUGACUCCGGUGACUCCUGGAAUUCCUGAUUUAGUAGUUGAAUUAGAUGCUGCCCAAAGAGAUAUUGUGUUCCUAUUGGAUGGGUCUGAUGAUACUAGAAGUGGAUUUCCAGCAAUGCUUGAUUUUGUUCAAAGAGUAGUGGAGAACUUAAACGCCAGGAGGGUGUUCCUCAGAUUCUAA